CAUCAGACUUUUACUGAAACCACACCUUUUUCUUCUCUUCUAUCUUAUUAUUAUUAUUAUUAUUAUUAUUCUUAUCUGAGGUUAUGUCCAUUCCAUGCCAACAGUUCCCUCCCACACAUAAUUCCAAAUCCCUCCAUUAAAAAGCCAUCAAACAUCCAAUCCUCAUCUCUCUCUCUCUUUUUUCUCUCUCUCUCUAGCCAUUCAUCAUUCUUUGAAACUCAAACCCAGCCCCCCUUCUCUCACAUACCUCUCCCUGUACAAUUUACGGAAGAGUUGCAAUAUUUGCAGCUCAGAAGCAGUUUGCGCUGUCGUGCCAGUUUCGUUUUUAGAUUUUUCAACGUAGUUGGACUUGGAAUAUCUUUCCGAUUCGAAGUUGCCGAAUCCUUUCGAGGCAAGUUCAGGAUCGUUUACGCGAUAGGCCAGUUCCCUUUUUUUUUUUUUUCCUUGGGUGGGAGUGUUUUUAUUUAUUUGUAUGCUGGGUUUCGACCCUCAAAGUUAGUUUGAAGCACAUGAUUGCUAGCUCUGCCUCUCUCUCACUCUCUUUCCGUAUUAAUCCAGCGAGCGAGCGAGCGAGCAAACAGGGGGCCCGAGCAAAAAGCUUUUUGUUUCCUAGUCCCUUCCCAUAUUAAGACCGCUUUGUAACUCCCAAACAGAGUGAGUAAUAAGCCUUCCUUUAUAUAGCUCGCAAUCCCAUUGAUUGCUCUUACUAAAAUUUCAUCUUUCCUUCCUUUUCUUUUUUUGUUCUUCCCGUACCUUUCUGCUUGCCAUUCAUCCGACGCAUAAACCCCCCAAAUUAUUAGUAUCGCUUCUUGAAUCCUUGGUCUUCCCGGCCAUAACAGUCAGGAGUACUUUCAGUCUAAUUCCCAGAGAGAGAGAGAGAAGAGCCAGCAGAAUGAUGUCAAAUUAGCUUCUUAAUUUCCUGCAAUUCCAGACGCGGUCUUAUUUCAGCUACUGAAGUUGAAAUGGAAGGAGGACACAGUGGAAUCCAAUUACAGGAACAACAACUGGAAGGUCACCUGAGAUUUCAGGGAGUAAAUCCUCCCAUUUUCUUGGACCUGAGCCUCUCCCGGGAACUGGACCCCGGUUCCGAUGGAGGGUCGAAGCCCGAACUCAAUCUCAUUGACGGGUUCGAGCCCACAGACUCGGUUUCUCCUCCAAACUCGGAACAAACCCCUCAGGAUAAUGAAACAGAACAGCAGCAGCAGCAGCAGCAGCAGCACAGAGUCUUCUCUUGCAACUACUGCCAGAGGAAGUUCUACAGCUCGCAGGCUCUAGGGGGCCACCAGAACGCCCACAAACGGGAACGAACUCUUGCCAAAAGAGCAAGUUCUUCGAACGCUAACCGGUACCUAAGCAUAGCUUCUCUUCCCUUACACGGGUCGUUCCACAGAUCGCUCGGGAUCCAAGCCCACUCGUCGAUGGUCCACAAGCCGUGGCACAGGCAGGCCUUUGAUCAGCAGCCCGGGAUUGGGAGGCUCAUCCAGGAGAGCUUUCGUUCGGCGCCAAAUAUUGGCUCACCCUCGGGCCUCGGGGCUGCAAGGUUCGAUGGGCUUAGGUGGUUCCCAAACGCGUCCGAGGGAACGGGAGGGAUGGUUUUGUGGGGUGGUGCGAGCCAUAUGAUGAAGAGCAGGCCCGAUGAGAUUCAGAAGCUCGACUUGUCCCUGAAGCUCUGAUUAUUUGGUCCUUUUUUUUCUUUUUUUUUUUUUGGGUAUUUUCUCCUGUGAAUUUUUGAUCUUCGAUCUGAAGUUAUUUCAGUUCUUAGCUGCAGCCUAGCUAGGUUACUUGUCAGCGGUAACACUUGUAAAUGGUUCUCUCUUUAUAUCAUUAAUUUGCUUACUAGAACCCUUGAAAUUGCCUUCUGGUA